AUGGCAUCUCUUGGGUCAACCAACUUCUCUCCAACCAACCAAUUCCUACGAACGGUGUCGCCGAGAGGAGACGAAGAUGACGAUGAAGGCAUUGAAUCACUUACCAAAGCUCUGAACAUUAUCUUCGAAGACUGCUGGCAUGGGUUCCUCAAAGAUGAUGAACUCUACGAUCAGAUGAAGUGGCUAUUUUCUCCGUCUCUAUGGGGCCGCGUCGCAGUGCAUAGCGAUACAACACUGUAUGCCGAAGCCCAUGCCAACAAAUCUAUCACCCAGUUGAUCCGUUCACAGUUUUCUCAUGGUACAUUCGAGGUCAAGGGUCAGAACAGAAUGCGCGAGUACAAGAAUGAUGGCUCAGGAAAAGCGUGGGCUUGA